AUGAGCUUUUCCUACACUUUCUCCGUACGUGUGUCAGCUCAUCUGUUUGUACGUCUGGCCGUGAGAACUCCUGCUCAUUUCUUUCUGCGCCUGGUCAUCUGCAUGUCUGUUCAUGCGUGUGCAUCUCAUCCAUCGGUGCGUCUCUCCGCGAGUGUGCCAGCCUUUACCGUCUCUCCUCGAGUGUGCCAGCCUUUACCGUCUCUCCUCGAGUGUGCCAGCCUUUACCGUCUCUCCUCAAAGUGUGCCAGCCUUUCUGUCUCUCCUCAGUGUGCCAGCCUUUUUCUGUCUCUCCUCAAUAGUGUGCCAGCCAUUACCGUCUCUCCUCGAGUGUGCCAGCCUUUUCUGUCUCUCCUCGAGUGUGCCAGCCUUUACCGUCUCUCCUCGAGUGUGCCAGCCUUUUCUGUCUCUCUCCUCGAGUGUGCCAGCCUUUUCUGUCUCUCCUCGAGUGUGCCAGCCUUUUCUGUCUCUCCUCGAGUGUGCCAGCCUUUACCGUCUCUCCUCGAGUGUGCCAGCCUUUACCGUCUCUCCUCGAGUGUGCCAGCCUUUUCUGUCUCUCCUCGAGUGUGCCAGCCUUUUCUGUCUCUCCUCGAGUGUGCCAGCCUUUUCUGUCUCUCCUCGAGUGUGCCAGCCUUUUUCGUCUCUCCUCGAGUGUGCCAGACUUUUCUGUCUCUCCUCGAGUGUGCCAGCUUUUUCUGUCUGUGCGUCUGGUCGUGUCUCUCAGUUCAUCUAUCUACACGUUGCCCUACCUCCUUUUUUUCCUUCUUUUCUUCGUUUUUUGCUUUUUCUUCUUUUUCCAUUCUUUUCUCCUAUUUUUCUCUUUACUUUUCUCUUAUUUUUCUCUUUACUUUUCUCCUAUUUUUCUCUCUUUUUCUUUUCUCCCAUUUUUCUCUCUUUUCUUUUCUCCUGUUUCUCUUUUUCCCUUUUCUCCUAUUUUUCUCUUUUUUUCUUUUCUCCUAUUUUCUCUCUUUUCUUUUCUCCUAUUUUUCUCUUUUUCUUUUCUCCUUUUUUCUCUUUUUUUCUUUUCUCCUAUUUUUCUCUUUUUUUCUUUUCUCCUAUUUUUCUCUUUUUUUCUUUUCUCCUAUUUUUCUCUCUUUUCUUUUCUCCUAUUUUUCUCUUUUUUCUUUUCUCCUGUUUCUCUUUUUCUCUUUUUUCUUUUCUCCUAUUUUUCUCUUUUCUUUUCUCCUAUUUUUCUCUUUUCUUUUCUCCUAUUUUUCUCUUUUCUUUUCUCCUAUUUUUCUCUUCUCAUUCUUUCUACUUUCUUUUUUCUUUUAUUUAUUUCCUUUUACGUUUUUCUUCACUCUCCUUUUAUGUUAUUCUAUUUUCUCCUUUAUGUUUUUUUUCUAUUUUCUCUGUUAUUUUUUACUUUUCUUUUUCUUCAAAGAAGACAAGGGUUCAUUUUAG